AUGGUGGCUGGCAAGCAGCAGCAUGCUGGCAAUGCAUCUGGCAAAAAGGAGUAUGUCGGCGUGGUGAUUGGCAAGAGGGACCGCGCUGGCGUGGUCGUGUCUGGCAAGAGGAAGCUUGUUGGCAUGAUGUCUGGCAAGCGGGAGUACGCUAGCAUGAAAUCUGGCAAGGCAGAGCCUGCUGACAAGAUGCCAGCCGCCAAUAAGCCAGCUGACAUCACGCCGGGCGCGAGGAGUCGCGCAGAUGUCGCCGUGGCGACGACGACGCAGCCGGCGAGCGUUUCCUUGGGCCCCACUGUCAUGGUGCUCGGCCUGCGAGAGCCUGGCAGCAAGGUGUCGGGCAUGAGGGAGUACGCUGGCAUGGUGCCAAACCUGAAGGGCUUCGUGGGCACGGCUGCGCGGGCGAGGAACGCAGCGGGUAACGCCGCCAUGGGGAAGCUCUUGGUCGUCGCGCCGGCGAGCGUGAGAGAGACUGCCGCCGCUGCUUCCCCGAGGUUCCCCGAUCCGGAGAGCAUGAACGCGGAGGAGGCGAAGGGGAGUAGACAGCUGAGGGUACGAGCGCGUGCGAGCGCGUGCGACGCGCCGCAUUCGUCCGGACACGCUGCGGAGACGUGCGUGAAUGCUUCCGGUGGUGUCGCUCCGAAACCUGCGGGGAACGCGACUACCACAGUCAUAACGUACUCCGCGAAGAGCAUUCUUCGACAGACAGUGCUAACUAAGCUUUCUGUGGGUGCUGACACAGUGAAAACCAACCCUUCUGGUAGUGCUGACACACGAAUAACCGACCCUUCUCCUGGUGCUGACGCUGUCAUAACUACCGACCGUUCUAGUUGCGAUAAGACAGUGAUAAAAAAACCUGUUAGUGAUGACAUAGUCAAAACUGACCCUUCUGUUAGUGACGAUGCGCUUAAAGCCAACUAUUUGUUUACUGCUGACACAGUCAAAACCAGCCCAUCUGUUAGCGCUGAUGCAAUAAAAACCAAACCUUCUGAUACUGCUCCUGACACAGUAAUAAGCCAUCCUUUCAAUUAUUCUCGCACAGUAAUAGCAAACUCUUCUGAUAGCACUGAUGUAACCAAAAACAACCCAUCUGUCAGUGGCUCCGACACGGUCAUAACCAACCUUACUAAAAGUAUUCCAGGCGCAGUCCUUUCAACGACUGUUGUCCCAGAGCUCUCUGAUAGUGCUCCAGAGGAAAGAAGCUAUCCUCAUUCAGCCAACGUUGUCCCAGCGAUCACCAGUUGUCCUACUUCGCCCCCCGUCGUGCCUGAAGUCACCACAAGCUGUAUAACUGCGGCUACUAUUGUCCCAGAGGUCACCAGCUGUCGCACCUCAGCUCCCGUUCUUCUGCCUGAAGAGGGAAGCCUUGCCAAAGUGGACACCAUUGCCCGAGAAGUCACAAAGGUCACGCACACUCUGGAGGAGCGAGGCAGUGCCACAAAGGAUGCAAAGCUGCUAAAUUGCGUCACAGAGGUGCUGGCGUCGUCCCUAGCAACAGUCGCCGACGACGCCGUGGCGAUGGAUCCCGCGGCGACGAGCGUUGUCACGACAACGACCCCUGAGGCUGCCGACAUAGCAACCGCGCAGGUGGCUGAGGGCGUUUCCGCAAACCAAAGAGCGCGUUCGAAACUGUUCGCGAGCGCUGAUCAUUCUAGUCAAGAGGAAUCUGCUCAACAGGAGAAGAGGGCGAAGGAGGAGGAGGAGGAGGAGGAGGUCGACACGGGAGGAUCAAAUUCUCCCGUGGCAGUGACUUGUCGCGUGUCCACCGCGCCCGCAGAAAAACGUUACGACAAGCAGUCCGAUAGACGGGACGACUCCCAAACCAUCGACGCAUGCCGUGCGCAAUCAGAAAGGCGGGAAGAUUCCGGAAUCGCUGACGCGUGCCGCGUGCAGCUCAACGAACGGGAAGAUUCCGGAAUCGCCAAGGCAAGCCGCACACAAUCCGACAGACGGGAAGAUUCCGGAACUGCCGACGCGUGCCGCACGCAGCUAGGUUCUCCCGUGAAAACUAUGCGCAGCGAGGGGGCGCCACUCGAGGCGGCGGCGGCGCUGAGGAUGCGGCUGGCGGACCGGCACACGGAGUCCGAGGAGAGCGAGGUGGACGAGGAGAAGCGGUCGUUCCGUGAGACGGAGGCCGCGCUCCGCUUCCUCUCCGUCGGUCUCGACGACCCCGCCGCGACCCCGCCACCGCCACCGACGACGACGGACCAUGGCGACACCGGCAGAUGGCGGCGCGGGCGACGGCGACGGCGAGGCCCCGCGCGCGCCGCGGCGACGCGAAGCCAUCUUCUUUGA